GCCUCGAGUUUCUGCAAAUUCAAUCAUAGAUGUGAUGAAUAUUCAAUCUAAUCCUCGUAGUGUUACAACUUAUGAAGACUACGAAACAGAAGAUAAAUAUUAUGAUGAUAGCAGUGACAAUAAUGAUGAACCUGUUAAUAAGGUUGAGGAAAAUCCUGUUGAAGAGCAGGAUGAAGACCAAGAAGAGCUGAGAGAAUUAGUAUUAUUAUCUUCAGAUCCUAAAAUACAACACAAAGUAUGUUAUUUAUAA